AUGGGCAUAGUCCAAAACAUCCAACAACACGUCACGAAGCGCCUGCCCUCGUCUCCGAGCCUCCCCACCCUCGAUGACCUCUCCCGAAAAGCCGACAGGCUGUCGCCACGGUUAGCCUUCUUCCGGCGCCGGAUACGCCUAAAAGGCAACUCCUCGAUAUCGAUACCGCUGGGGAUUGUGCUGCUGUUUCCGUGCAUUGUCAUAAUACUAAUACUGGUGCUGUUUGUGCGCCAUCCGUCGUCGCCGGGGAGGAUAUUGAUGCCGGCGGGGGCGCCGCCGAGUAUACGCAAGAUUAGCGAAAAGUAUGACAAAGUCUUCGUGACAGGCUGUCUAGACGCCGAGAGGUCCGCGGCGGACACGCCCCGAGCGAACGCAGCUUUCGUGGUGUUGGCGCGAAACAAGGAGCUCGAUGGCGUGAUACAGUCGAUGAAGUCGAUUGAGCGGCACUUCAACCGGUGGUUCAACUACCCGUACGUGUUUCUCAAUGACGGCGAAUUCAACUCGACAUUCAAGGAGGUGGUCCAGAAUCACACAAAAUCAACAGUGGAGUUUGGGAAGAUAGAUGCGAGUAUGUGGGGAUAUCCGGAUUGGGUGGACAAGAAGGUGGCACAGGAGGGCAUUGCGAAGCAGGGAGACGCGGCGAUCAUGUAUGGAGGCAUGGAGAGCUACCAUCACAUGUGUCGAUUUUACUCAGGGUUCUUCUACAAGCACGAGCUGCUACAAAAGUACGAGUGGUACUGGCGGUUAGAGCCAGAGAUCAAAUACUUCUGCGACAUCACUUACGACCCCUUCGUCCACAUGGCCCGCGAAAACAAGACCUACGGCUUCACCAUCGCCGUCAAAGAACUCAAAGAAACCGUCCCCAACAUCUUCCGCUACGCCUCCGCCUACAAGCGCACGAACAACCUGACCUCAAAAGGGCUCUGGGAGAUGUUCGUUGAGAAGCCGCCAGAGGAGCCCGAAAAGACGCUCCCCAAGGACGACCCGAAGUACAAGAAACCGCUCCCCGAGGAGAUCCUCAGCACAGAGCCGGGCGCGGGAUCGCUGCCGGACAUCGACCCGGAGGCCAUGGAGGGCGAGAAGUACAACAUGUGCCACUUUUGGAGCAACUUUGAGAUUGCGCGGCUGGAUUGGCUGAGGAGUAAGGAGUAUAACGACUUCUUUGAGAUGAUGGAUCGGAGUGGAGGAUUUUGGAUGGAGCGGUGGGGCGAUGCACCCAUCCACUCCCUCGCCGCCGGCGCCCUGCUCGGCCCCUCGGAUAUCCACUAUUUCCGCGACUUCGGCUACAGACACACGACUAUUCAGCACUGCCCGGCGAACGCGCCUGCGCGACAGCUGCCGAGGAAGAAGUGGCUCGAGGAGACGACGCUGGACAGGAAGGCGCGUGAAGAGGAGGACGCGUACUGGGAAACGUGGGACGCGGAGAAGGAGAAUGGGGUGGGGUGCAGGUGUAAAUGCGACACGGAUAUCGUGGAUGUGGAGGGGAAGCAGGGGAGUUGUUUGGCGGAGUGGGUGGAGGUUGCGGGCGGGUGGGCGAGUCCGUGA